AUGGGAGAUUUAGCUGAGUCUGAACCCGAUCGCAAAAAAAUUAAGCAUCAACUGGAUGAAGAUUCGUUAAGGUGUAAGCAUUUUGUUCAGCGCAAAAAGCGAUUUUGCAAGAUGACGGUCGGUGUUGGGAAAGAGUUUUGUGGAGAGCAUGAACCUACAAAUACAUUAAUAUCCAGUGAUCGCAUAGUGUGCCCUUUAGAUCCGAAGCAUACAAUAUCAGCUUCUAAGCUACAAAAGCAUCUAAAAAUCUGUAAUGCUCGUCCGCCAACGCAACAAAAGGCGUACAUCGUGCCCGGUAUCAACUGUGCCUCUUCUGGUGAUGAACAAGCUUCACCACCGUUGACAAUGGCAGCUGGUAAAAAGCUGUCCGAAAUACCGGUAGAAACGAUGGCUGCACUUAUUGCAAAAAUUAACACUAUUUAUGAUUCUGCAAGUCCAGCUAUAAAGGAACAUUCUCCCCGUCAUGACAUUUUAGAGCAAGAGCUAACAAGGGAGCACUAUGGUCCGCAAACGUUGAAGCACCUGACCCAGUCAUCUGCCUUACUUGGUCUGCUUGAUCAUCAUGGCUUCCUGCAGAACGAUACAGCUUUUAUAGAAUUUGGAGCCGGCAAGGGCCAAGUCUCGUACUGGCUUGCUAAAAUCGUCGUUGACACGCAGUUGAGCCAUUGCAAGGUACUGUUGGUUGACCGGGCUUCCCAUCGACACAAAAAGGACAACAAAAUUGAGGACAGGGAAAUAGUACAACGGAUUCGUGCCGAUAUUGCCGACCUCGUAUUGUCGGAAAUCGUUGGUAGCAACAAACAGUGUGUUGGGAUAGGAAAACAUCUUUGCGGGAGCGCAACGGACCUGGCUCUUCGUUGUCUUGUAAAGAGUAAAUCGGCUAAUUCUACUUUCACUGUAAAGGGAUGUCUUUUUGCGUUGUGUUGCCAUCAUCGAUGUGAAUGGAACACAUUCGUAGGAAAGCAGUUCCUCCUAGCCAACGGUAUUGGUCAGCCGGAGUUCGAAAACAUCGUACGCAUGGUUAGCUGGGCAGUAUGUGGUACCGGCCGGAGUCGCAAUAAAAAGGAAUCUCCGGAUCUGGAAAACGAAAAACAGGAUCGUUGCGGAUUAUCAAGAAAUGAACGCGAAGUUAUUGGUAAAAAAUGCAAACGAAUCCUAGAUAUAGCACGGUCAAAAUAUAUGCAGCAAAAUGGAUACGAAGUGUAUCUAAGGUAUUAUGUUACCAGUGAGAUUACGCUUGAAAAUGUUUGCCUUGUUUGUGUGGAGAAAUAAAACACUGACACUUAAACUGUCUGUUUCAAUAUUUAAUUUUUGUGCUU